CUCAGCCUCCUCAUUCCACCGGUGCGUAAAGCAGAGAGGUUACAAACUGAGUCAUUCUCACUUCCAGGCUUCUCAUUCCUCACGACACGACCAGAGGUGGGGGCUGCCUCAGGAUACAACCCACCCCACCUGUUCAGACCCGGGGAAUUGUGCGAGUGUUUGGGGACUUUUGGAGUGAAGAGAGAUCCCAGCUGGGCUUACCUGUCCCAUCCGCCGGUCCUCGGUGCGUCGUGUCCGGGCAGCAGAGACCCCAGCUGAACCCUCUGUUGGAUCAGAACCUUCAGGAUGAACAUGAAACUCCUCGGAGCUCUGAGCGGCUUCGUUCUGCUGACUCUGGCUGUUCUCGCCUCAGCCAGGCCCAAAGCAGGUCCAGAGCAGAAAUGUAAGUCUGGUCCGUUGGAUCUGGUCUUCCUCAUCGACAGCUCCCGCAGCGUGAGGCCACAUGAGUUCGAGACCAUGAGGAAGUUCAUGAUUGACAUCCUGAACACUUUGGAUAUCGGACUGGACACUACCAGAGUGGGAGUUGUCCAGUACUCCAGCCAGGUUCGCAGUGAGUUCAGUCUGAAAACCCACAGCAAGCUGGAAAACCUGGUGAAGGCCAUCAAUGAGAUUAUCCCUCUGGCUCAGGGCACCAUGACGGGCCUGGCCAUCAGAUACCUGAUGAACGAAGCUUUCAGUCCUGAGCAGGGCGACCGGCCGAAGGUUCCCAACGUAGCCGUGAUCGUGACGGACGGACGUCCUCAGGACCGCGUGGCGGAGGUGGCCGCUGAGGCCAGAGAGAAAGGCAUCGAGAUCUACGCCGUGGGCGUGGCCAGAGCCGACAUGGCAUCGCUCAGGGCCAUGGCCUCCCCGCCCUUCGAAGACCACGUCUUCCUGGUUGAGAGGUUUGAUCUCAUUCACCAGUUCGGACUGCAGUUCCAGGACAAACUCUGUGGUGUGGAUCUGUGUGUGGAGUCYGAGCACGGCUGUGAGCAGCUCUGUGAGAGCUCCCCAGGCUCGUACCACUGCCUCUGCCUGCCGGGCUACACRCUGAACCACGACGGAAAAACAUGUGCAGCCAUUGAUCUGUGUGCUGAGGGAAAACAUGACUGUGAACAAAUCUGCAUCAGCUCACCUGGUUCCUUCACCUGCGACUGCAACCAGGGAUACAACCUGAACACGGACAGGAAGACCUGCUCACCCAUCAACCUGUGUGCUGARGGCAAACAUGACUGCCAACAAGUCUGUGUCAACAUGGGACCGGGCAUCUUCACCUGCGACUGCAACGAGGGACACCGACUCAACGAGGACAAGAAGACCUGCUCAGCCAUUAACCUGUGUGCUGAGGGCAAACAUGACUGCCAACAAGUCUGCGUCCACAUGGGGCCGGGCAUCUUCACCUGCGACUGCAACAAAGGGUACAGACUCAACGAGGACGAGAAGACCUGCUCAGCCAUUGACCUGUGUGCGGAGGGGAAGCACGACUGUGAACAGAUCUGUGUCAGCGCUCCGGGCGUUUUCACCUGUGACUGUAACAAAGGCUUCAAACUCAACAAGGACAAGAAGACCUGCACAAACAUGGAUAUGUGUAAGACGGUGGUGCACGGCUGUGAGCACCAGUGUGUGAACACUCCUGGGUCGUACCACUGCAUCUGCCCUGAGGGGACGCUGCUGCAGGACGACGGCAAGAGCUGCGGCACCUGCAGGUCUGCAAACAUCGACCUCGUUCUUCUGAUUGACGGCUCCAAGAGCGUCCGACCUCAGAACUUUGAGCUCGUCAAAAAGUUUGUCAAUCAGGUUGUUGACUCUCUGGAUGUGUCAGCUCAUGGUACCAGAGUGGGUCUGGUUCAGUACUCCAGCCGGGUCAGGACAGAGUUCCCACUCAACAUGUUCCACACAGCUGAGGAGAUCAAAGCUGCAGUCAUGAAGGUUGAGUACAUGGAGAAAGGAACAAUGACGGGUCUGGCGCUGAAGCACAUGCUGGAGAACAGCUUCUCCGAGGCAGAAGGAGCUCGUCCAGCCAGUCGCAACAUCCCCCGAGUCGGACUGGUUUUCACAGAUGGGCGGUCCCAGGACGACAUCAGCGAGUUCGCCAAGAAGGUUAAAGAAGCAGGGAUCACCAUGUACGCUGUGGGCGUAGGAAAAGCUGUGGAAGACGAGCUCCGCGAGAUCGCGUCCGAACCUGUGGACAAACAUUUCUACUACACCACCGACUUCAGCGCCAUCAGCACCAUCGCUGAGGACCUCAAGCUUAAUGUCUGCCCAGCAGAGGAAAGUCAGGGUGAGAUCGAGGUGAAGGAUCCGUGCGCCUGUGAGAACCUGGUGGAGUUCCAGCAGGCCACCAUAAACAGCCUGGAGCAGCUCACGCAGAAACUGGGUUCCAUGACUGCCCGCCUGGAGCAGCUGGAGAACCAGCUCCUCACCAGGAAGUGAUGCAACCAGCGAGAACAUCGCUCAGGAAGAACAGUGAAAAGAAAGAAGAGGAGGGCACAUCCUGAAGCCCUGCAGCACACCAGUUUCUGCCAUCUGUGGGGCUUAGAGGACAACGAGGAAAAUAAAAACUCCUCAGACUGUUACACAAAAAGAAUGGUUUCCCAAAGCUUGUUUUUAACCUUUAUGAGCUCUUUGACGGUUCGAGGUUCAGAAUCUAAUUUCACUCAUAGUUGCUACGUUUCCUAAAAAUAUCUCAGUUCAGAUUAACAGAGUGUAUUCACAGAAUCCACGUUUUAAUCMCUUCAAAGCCUGUUUUUAAACUAGUUGUAAUGAGUGGACUGUAGAUAUUAGAUGUAAGCACAUUUUUACAACAGGUUUCAGUCAUAAACUCCAUCUGCUUCUUUUGUGCUUCAUUAAUGCUUUUUUUGUUUGUUUUAUGCAUAUUUUUUGAUAUAUUUAUGGUAGAUUGUUGUUUUCCAACCAACAGCUGAACAACAAACAUAAAAAAUCAGUUUUAUUACCACUUUAGAUAUUUUGAAAUAAAAUAUUGUUUUGCUGAUGUCUACGGUUUUUAAUCUGGGGCCUGAUGGCUUUGUUAAAAAUCUGAAAGAAAAAAAACUGGUUUGAAUUUUACAAAAAGGGAAUAUGAGGUGUUUGUGUGCUCAUUAAAGUUGUGGUUUGUUGUGAAAAUGGUAAAUAAUAUGCAGUUUUUUUUAUAAUAAAUAAUUUAAACUUUUCAAAAUAUUUCAUCUUCAGCCUUUGUAUUGGAUUMUGUGCAGAACAGGCCUCCUCACAUUGGUGUAAAAUCAGUGAUUGUUAACAGACAACAGACCAGGAACACAAAACAAAAACACACAAAAAAGCAAAAAACUAUUCAGAAGAGUUAAAACUGUUACAAAUUUCUCCUGCUUAUGUUAAAAAUUUGCAGUUUAUUAAAAAAAAACAAGUUUAUACCCAGUAAUGUUGCAACACUUGUAUGUUUUUUGUAYAUUUUAUUAUAGUUCCACUUUUUAUAAGUUUUUAAUGAAUCUGUAUUUUAUCAAAGAAGGCAAUAAAGAAGUGAAUUUGCUGA